AUGAAUACGUAUCGAAAUGCUUCAUCACCGUUUUGUUCAACUCCGAUAUCAUUUUCGGAAAUCCUUACACCUGGUCAACAGCAACCGCAACCAUCUUUACAACAAUCGCAACAUUAUAGCUUGUUGAAUUUACAUUCGCCGACACGAGUCGGAUCGAUCACUCCAACAUUGAAUCAUAGUCCCAUUCCGAAUGCUCCUAAUCAAAGCGUGUCGAAACGCAAAGACUCCUCUCAACUUCAACAAACCUUCUUGGAAAAUCUGUACAAAACUGUUGCACUUCGAGAAAAAAAUUCCAAUCAAUUGCAUGAAAUACGCAAAACCCGGAAACGUCUAUCCGACUCACUUCUCAUUCAACAAACGCAAUUAUCAUUGAUUGGAAGCAUUCAUUCGCAUUUACAACAGCAACAACUACAACAACAACUUCAGCAACAGCAUCAGCAUAUUCCAAACAGUCUCACAUAUCAACAUGAUCAAAAUACCAAUACCAAUAAUAACAACAGCAAUAAUAAUAACAAUAAUAAUAAUAAUAAUAACAACAACAACAAUAUUAGUAAUAAUAAUAAUAAUAGUAACAGCAGUAGUAGUGGUAGUACAUUUGUUCGUCGUCGUUCGACCCGUUUCCACAAAAUUCCACCUAUUCUCCAAACGAUCUAUCAAGGAACGUCUUUAUUCACUCCCAGUGAACCACAAAAGAUUUUUGUUAUUCGCCAUGGUGAACGCGUCGAUUCAACAUUCGGUGCCAACUGGCUUGACCAAGUAUUCGAUAAAGCAGGCACUUACCAACGAUUUAAUCUCAAUCUACCCAAGAAAAUGGUUACACGAAACGACAUCAAAGAUUUCCUCUUCGAUCCUCCACUAACGGAACUGGGUUUACACGAAUGUCAAAUGGUUGGCGAAGAACUUGCUGCUCAAGGUGUGAAAAUUUCUCAUGUUUAUUCAUCACCAGCAUUGCGAUGUAUUCAAACAGCUGAUAAAAUUCUCGAAGGUCUACAAAUGAAAGAGAGAAUACCGAUUCGUGUUGAACCAUGUCUGUUCGAGUUUCUCAAAUGGUAUCCUGUUGUUCCGGUGAAAUGGCCAUUUCUGGACGUCGAUGAGUUAACUGAAAAUGGAUAUCAUGUCGACAAAGCCUACGUUCCAUUCUAUCCAAUCGAAUCGCUUCGAAAGGAUGAAGACGAGCUCAUGUUUUACACAAGAAGUCAUUUCAUAACAACAUCUAUUUUGAAAAAUCAUGAAGUUCAAGAAGGAAACAUACUCCUCAUCGGACAUGCAUCGACCAUCGAAGUAUGUACUCGACAGCUGAUCGGUGGUCAACCACGGGUCAAUGAUCUCAAGUUUCUUGUUUUACGUGUACCAUUUCUAUCGAUGCAUUGCGUCACCAAACAGCCGGAUGGCACGUGGCGUGCAGCGAAACCACCCAUUUCACCAAAUAAACAUGCAGCAGUCGAACCAUUCGAUUGGAGAUUUUUCAGAUGA